AUGGCGGACUUGAAAGCUGAGUCAAAAGACGACAAUGCGUUGAAGCAAACAUCGACUGCCCACGAUGGGGAGAUAGCGCCUACUACGGGCGGCGGACCCGGCCUGCAUAGAGGGCUAUCAGGCCGUCACUUGAUGAUGCUCGCUAUUGGCGGUGUCAUUGGGCCUGGGUACUUUGUGGGAAUGGGCACGGGUUUGACGAGCGCCGGGCCGGCGGGUCUUCUUCUCUGCUUCACGGUUGUCGGCGUGCUGCUCUGGGCUGUUAUGCAGUCUCUGGGCGAGCUUGGUGCUUUCAUUCCACUGUGGUUCUUCCUCGCCUUCACCCUCCUCGGCGUCAAAUCCUUCGGCGAAGCAGAGUUUUGGCUGGCCCUCGUCAAAAUCCUCGCCAUCUUCGCCUUCUUCCUCUGCGCGAUUCUCAUAACAUCCGGCGUCCUCGGCGGCGAGAAGAUUGGGUUCAAGUUCUACCAUGACCCCGGCGCGUUCGCCGACGGCGCUAAAGGCGUCUUCAAAGUCUUCGUAUUUGCAGCGCUGCAGUACAGCGGCACCGAAAUGAUCGGACUCACUGCAGGAGAGUCGGCCAACCCAGCGCGCGACGUGCCCAAGGCCGUUAAAUCCGUACUCUGGCGCAUCUGCGGCAUCUUCCUGCUGGGCAUAUUCUUUCUUACCAUUACCGUGCCAUACAACGAUCCGAAUCUGCUGUCUGCGACGAGCAAGACGGCCCGGUCGCCGUUCGUCAUCGCCUUUACGAGAGUGGGCGCGAAUGCUGGGGCGCAUGUCGUCAACGCCAUCAUCCUCGUCACGAUGUUCUCCGCUAUCAAUGCGGCGCUGUACGUCGGGUCACGCACGCUCUACGGCCUCGCCCAGGAAGGACAAGCCCCCAAGAUCUUCGCAUGGACGAACAAAAACGGUGUCCCGGUCGUGUCUCUGGUUGUCAUGAAUCUUAUCGGCUUCUUAUCUCUUCUCAACCUGUCGUCUGGAGCAGGGGUAGUCUACACCUGGAUUAUUUCCAUCACUGGUGUCGCAACCUUCAUCACAUGGGGUCUGAUUUCUCUCAAUCAUAUCCGUCUGAGGAUGGCCCUCGCUGCGCAGAACAUCAGCGCAGAUGUCCUGCCCUUUCAAGCGCCCGCCUGGCGGUUCUGUGCCUACCUGGGACUUGCUGGCAAUGUCUUCUUCAUCUUCUUCCAGGGUUGGACAUCUUUCGCUCCAUGGGAUGUCGAGGCAUUCUUCCAGAACUACGUCGUCGUUUUGCUAUUCAUCAUUUUGGCUGUGGGCUGGAAGUUUGCAAAGAAGACGAAAUUUGUCAACCUCAAAGAGAUUGACUUGGGCAGCGCGAGGAUGGUUAUCCAAGGUCAAAUGACAGGACAGCCUCAAUGA